GUUUUGGUGCAUUUGAUUUCCCGUUCUUUUACCCCGCGUCCUUUGAGUGGUUAAGUUAUGUCUGGCAAGGCUCAACAACCCAAUCCCGGCCAGGUCGUUGGCCCGCCUAACGAUCAAGCACAAGAAUAUAAAGUGGAGAAAAUCGUCGGUAAACGCUUCUUAAAUGGGCGUCCCCAGUUCCUGGUGAAAUGGGAGGAUUUUCCGCAAGAAGAUAACACCUGGGAGCCGAUGGAAAACGUCGGCAACUGCAUGCAGCUGGUCUGCGAAUUCGAGACAGAGCUCUUCAGGCGAACGCAGAAUGCCCUGGGUAAACCUGGCGAGGAACUGGUGACCAGUCCUACCAGCAGCGGCCCAUUGAUCACCGAAAAUACACCCAGGAGCUCUAAGAAGACACAACAACGUUCCAAGCCGGUGCAGACCAAAACCAAAGCUGAAACAUCGCAAAUGAAUCAGAAAGAGAAGGAAAAUAUUAAGAAAAUGGCGGGAACAAUUAAAAAUAUCCAAAAUGGGCCCAAAGCGCUGAAGCCUAGUACUAGCCAAAUCUCCACUCGGAGGUCAACGGAUGUUUUCAACGGCAAAACAUCAACGCCAACGAAAAACAUUAUUGAGACUCCCAGGUUUCAUAGCCAAUUCAAUGCUAUAAAUUUGAGCGAAUCCAGUGACGAGGAAUCCGUAGGAGCCAAAUCUCAACAAGCUCGUCUUCCCAAACAAAAAUCUCCGACACCGCCACAACCGCGCGGGCCUAUUGAAUUUCCCCAAGAUGAAGACGCACUGUUGGCCUCGAAAGAAGUGCCUCCUGUCCUGCAUCGUGAACAAUCCCAGCCUAUGCAGAGCCCAAGGCAAAGUGAUGUUUCGGAUGUUUGUUCUUCCACCAGUGUGUCAUCAUCCGAUGAGUCGUCAUCAUCCAGUAGCUCAUCGACAGACUCAUCGUCCAGUUCUGUGGCAUCGUCCAAGGUCGGCCAAUCGAAAACUAAUCCGACAUCGCUGGACCAGAUAAAGUUGUCGUCUGGCUUAUCCGAUGUUUCCACAGCUGAACCUGCAGCUUCUUCGCUGGACGCACUAAAAAAAGAGGCUCGCAAAUGGGCGACCGACAAGCGGGAGUCCAAAUUUGGCAUUCCGACCUCAAAGAGGGAAAGCGCAGCACCACAAUCCAUGGCUUUGGAUUCAACUGACAGUGGUCCCACUGAUUUCGAAAUGGAGCGCAUGCACAGCUGUCCUGCCAAGCAGCAGAGCAACUGGAAUGUGCCAGAGCCGCUAAUCGAACCGCCAGUGGAGCAAGUCAGAUCCAGGCAGCCAGGAAACCGUCGCAUGAGUCAAGCUGGGACCGCAAAGGAGGUGGCCCCGAAGCAGUCGAUUACGACUCAUGCAGCAGAGUUAGAUACCAAGAAGGAGGCAAUGACUUUACCAGGCGGCAAGCGUGGAAAAACUAGACAGGAUUGGAGAAUGCCGGAGCGCAAGACACCCUUCGGAUUGAAUCGCGGACUGGAGCUGGAUGAGGUCCACCACUGCUACCAAGUGGGUGAACAUCUCUUCCUGUUUGUCUCGUGGAAAGGCUGCCUGGCUAUCGAUGCAGUGCCGCUGAAAGACCUUAAGGAAGCGUAUCCAUUGCAGAUAAUUAAGUACUUCCAGAGCUUGAAGAUCGCUGUGCCCAAGUAAAGAUGUCUAGUACGUGGUUUGUACAGCAAGAUUCACAUCGCUCAGCAAAAGCAACUCCAAGUUCAAGGCCAUCGCAUUCAAACUGGGUGAACUCCAACUAACCUACUAUAUUACAUUGAACUAUUCUUUUUUGUACCUCUUAUUUAGUUUUAAGCCAGACAGAAUGCACACCGAGAUGUGCUUAACUAUGUUUUAUGUUUUCUGUACAUGUGAAGAAUGUACAUAUCAAUGAUUUCAAUGUUUCAAGUAACCUGAUACGCGAACUUUUUGUCCAAUAAAUCUUGUUUUCGGCUUGACA